CCAAGCCGAGUGGCGACGUGCGAGUUCCGAUCCGAGUCGGGCUGCUUGGCUUGAUGGGAAGGGAAUCUGUCAUUUUCGGAAAACGGAACGGAGAGGGAACGAAGCAGCAAUUCGAGGAACGUAACGAUCGGUUUUAAAAUAGUGGCGGCCUAUUUUGGAACAGCACGUGCACCGCAAUGCGUCAGUGCGGACGAGGACGAGUUUCUGGCGCCAAGAUUGGUUUGGCCCCGCUCGGGACAAUGGACGGUUGGCGCUGCUAGUGCCGAAAGGUGGCGUUUUUGUGAAAUCCCAAUCCGACCCGACAUCCGAGUGUGGUACGGUUUACGAUUGAACGGCCGAGGCCGAGGACGAGGACGAGGAAGCGCACGGGCGGACUCGGGUUCGGGUCUGUCGGAGUGUUGGUGUCAAGGCGGUUGUUGUGGUGAAUCAUGAAACAGUGUUGUGAAAAUAUGAGCCCGAGGAUAUCGUCGCUAGUGCCAUGAAGCGUCCCCAGGUCGGAUAGGGAUAAACAGGAACGGAAGAUCGGCUUGUGUGCGACUGUGGAUGUGAAGGAAGAGAAGCCAGAAGCAUCCUGCGGCCCAGCGAGGGCGAAACAUGUGUAGUUGAUGUGCUAGUUUAUUUGUGACAGCCAAUAUGUAUCCUGCACCCGCCAGACACCCGACUGCGGCGGGUCCGCAGCCGGGGCAGCUCAAGUUCACGGUGGCGGACACGUGCGAGCGGAUCAAGGAGGAGUUCAACUUUCUGCAGCAGCAAUACCACCAGCUCAAGAUGGAGUGCGAGAAGCUGGCGGGAGAGAAGACUGAAGUACAGCGGCACUACGUCAUGUACUACGAGAUGUCCUACGGCCUUAACGUGGAGAUGCACAAACAGACUGAGAUUGCCAAACGAUUAAAUGCUAUAAUUGCACAAGUCCUCCCAUUCCUAGCUCAAGAGCAUCAGCAACAAGUGGCAACAGCUGUGGAACGAGCCAAACAAGUUACUAUUUCAGAGCUAAAUGCUAUCAUAGGGCAACAACAGCAGCAAGGACUUCAGCAACUUUUGCAACAGAUCCACGCCCAGCAGCUGCCUCACGGGGCCCACGGUGCCCAUGGGGGCCCAGCACCGGGUCUACCCUUGGGACCGCACCCUGGCCUUGGUCCUGGCGGCCUUCUGUUUGGCGGUGCAUUGGGCGCAGGAGCUCCCCCCCACUCCCUCCUUAAGCCUGAUCUCCAUGGAAGAGAACCGACAGACCUUGCCACUAAAGGUCCUAGCUCUUUACCAGAUGACAGACUGGUACGUAAUAGGACAUCUGUGUCACCCGGCCAAAGGGACAAAUAUCGCACUCGAACUCCAGAAGCUAGUGAUACCAAGCGAAGGAGAGAGGACAAAUUAAGUCACCAUGAAAGUGAAGGAGAGAAAAGUGACGCUGAUGCUGAUCCAGAUUUAGUAGUGGAUGUGGCAAAUGAGGACCCAACAUCACCCCAUGCAAAUGGAGCUCAUGCUUCAGAUGUCCGAGAAAACGGAGACAAAAACUCCGCGAGUAGUAGAGAUCGAGAACGAGAUCGAGAGAGAGAAAGGGAUCGGCCGCCGAGCAGGAGUGGUUCCAGCUCGAGCCGCAGCACACCCUCUCUCAAAAGUAAAGAUGCGGACAAGCCCCCUACCCCACACCCCACGCCUAGCGGUGUGGGAUCCAAGGGCCUGCACCCUCCCUUCUCCCCAGCGCCGGCCCUAGCAGCAGGUGCUCCCAGUCCGUACAGUACCCCAUCGCCAUCCCCAUAUGCUGCCCGGCCGGGCGCUCCAGGCCUGCUCGGCUUUGACGCACAUCCUGGUGUUCGAGGCCCUCCAUUGGGGCCAAACGGCUUGGGCAUUCCUGGUGGUAAACCAGCUUACUCAUUUCAUAUGAAUGGAGACGGCCAACUUCAACCAGUGCCCUUCCCGAAUGAUGCUUUGACGGGACCUGGAAUUCCACGCCAUGCCCGACAAAUAAAUACCUUAGCCCAUGGUGAGGUGGUUUGUGCGGUUACCAUCAGUAAUCCAACCAAAUAUGUCUACACUGGCGGUAAAGGAUGUGUGAAAGUUUGGGACAUAAGUCAGCCAGGCAACAACACUCCUGUUAGCCAGCUGGAUUGUCUGCAAAGGGAUAACUACAUUAGAUCCGUAAAGCUUCUACCGGAUGCUCGUACACUUAUUGUGGGUGGUGAGGCUAGCAACUUAAGCAUUUGGGACCUUGCAUCACCCACUCCCAGAAUAAAGGCUGAACUCACCUCAACUGCUCCUGCUUGUUAUGCCCUUGCCAUCAGUCCUGAUUCCAAGGUGUGCUUCAGUUGUUGUUCUGAUGGCAACAUUGCUGUCUGGGACCUUCACAACCAGAGCUUAAUCCGGCAAUUCCAGGGGCACACAGAUGGUGCGUCUUGUAUUGAUAUUUCAUCAGAGGGCACAAAAUUAUGGACGGGUGGUUUGGAUAACACAGUCCGUUCAUGGGAUUUGCGUGAAGGGCGACAAUUACAGCAGCACGACUUCAACUCACAAAUAUUCUCCCUUGGCUACUGUCCAACAAGUGAUUGGUUAGCCGUUGGAAUGGAGAAUUCAAAUGUAGAAGUUUUGCAUGCUGUCAAGGCUGACAAAUACCAAUUGCAUCUCCAUGAAUCGUGUGUUCUAUCACUUAAGUUUGCUGCAUGUGGGAAGUGGUUUGUGUCUACUGGCAAAGACAACCUCCUCAAUGCAUGGCGAACACCAUAUGGUGCUUCAAUAUUCCAGUCAAAAGAGUCGUCAUCAGUACUCAGCUGUGACAUUUCUGGUGACGAUAAGUAUAUAGUGACUGGAUCUGGCGACAAGAAGGCUACUGUGUAUGAAGUUAUGUACUGAAGAAGCUUCUCUGCAACGGAAGUUCACUGCUCUAUGACGUUGCAUCUGAGAAAGUGGUGUCAGUGGAACGUGUGACCUGGACCAGCACCCAUGGACCUCAAUCAUCUUAAAAGCAUCAUUCAUGCAGAUAGACACUAAUCACAUCAAGCCUGUGCGUCUGGUGGUAUGAAAGAAGUGUGUUUAAGACUUUCUGUCUCACAUGAAAAAUGUAUUUUUUUUGUGAGUUACGUAUUAUUUACUUGACUUAAAAAGCUAGGAAGAAUUUCUAUCUUGAUGUACAGUAAAUUAGAUAAGUAGUGCAGUUUUAAGGACAAUUUGUGUGAGCUGUUGUUUUACUUAAAUUGUGUGAUUAUGGAAUGCAUCUUGUGUUCCUGCUAAGGUUUUUACAAAUGCAACCUUAAAUUUUGGACUAAGGAUAUGCUGUAAAUAAAUUUCCUUGUCCUUUUGAAAUGGUAUCCAUUUUGUAGCCAAAAGUCUCUUGUGGAGUUUUAGAUUAAUUUUUUAAUGGAUUUUUCAAUGCAGUAGAUGUGUGAUACAUGUUGACCAUUUUUCUGUCAUCUACAAUAUGCUUCUCAGCAGGAAAGCUGGCAGGUACCAGCUGCCACAAUUAAUUAUUUAUACUGUCUGGUUCUCCAAGAACCCGCAGUAACAACCUGCAAGUCAAUUUUUAUUGACUUUUGUUUAACUAACAGAGUUUUAUGGAUCAUCAAUGUGACAAGCUGCAAGCGUGCUCUCUAGGUAUACUUGUGAUAGCUAGGUCCUGCUUAUUUACAUUGAACAAUUGGUCUUAAAUAGCCUACCGGUGACUUUGAUUCAGUAUUUAUUGCUGUAUCUAAGCCUUAUUGAGAAUAGUAUGAAAAUCACAUUCUGUGAUGUUUGUUCAUCUAUUCCGUUCCUUGCUCUGAAAGCACAUCUCAUAUGAUCUGAAUGUCAGUAUUACCAGUAGAUAACAAUGCUUUGUUUGAGGGCUUAGUGAUCCAAAAAAAUUGUUGAGUGGUGUGGUACUUCUGUUAGAUUGUUUUGUAGUCUCUGGAUUUGGUUUAAUUACCUUAGUGUCCUUUAACACUUUCAUACUGAACACUGUCUUAUGUCCCAAUAAUGUGCAAUAGAUCUUACGGGUCUCACAGGGUUUAGAUCCUUUCCCCCACCCCCACUUCUCCCCUUCCAACAGUUCUAAACAUUUAAUUUACUUUUCUCCCUCAAUAUUUGCUUUGACUUCAGCCAAUUUUUCAUUUUAUUUAUCAGAUAAGAAAUGGAGAUGGGCAACAAGCUCUGACAUUAAUGGUCAAAAUAUUUUUCUGGACUGCAAUAUCUUACUGCUCUAAAUUAGAGUCAGUUGUAUAGAAAUGACCUUUUGGGUAAAAGCUUUUCUUUCUUUUCCAAUUAAUAGCCUCUACUGCAUAUUAAACCCAACAGUUUGUCUUAAAUGUUUUUAAAGUUGGUGUGCUGCAUGCCAAUUUAUCUAAUAUAUUUCUUUUGAAUAUUUUGAUCAUUAAGAUGACACAUUCUUUUUUUAUGCAGACUUCUUUUUUUGUUUUUCAUGCAUCAUCACAUUUUACCUUUAUUUGUGAUAUUUUGUGACAGAUGUGUUCCUACUACUUAAAGAGCGUUAGUCAUUGAUUUGUUCUUGCUACUGAGGUGUGAAAGUACAAAAGUCCUUGUAAUGGGAACACAUUUGUGUGGCCUACAUAUCAGAAUGAUCAAUAACAUAAGCGGCUUCCACAAUUUCUUUUUGAAUUUGUUCUAAUCUUGAGAAAAGUAUAAGAAGUGCGUAUGUGAUACAAUAAGGUUCAAAUGUAGAAAAGCGCACAGGUGUCCUAGUGUGCACCAAUAGUGUUGCGAGUGUAUGUAAGUGUGUGUGUGUGUGUGUGUGUGUGUGAAUGAAUGAAUGCAUGCAUGCAGAUAUGUGAUCAGUGAGAUUGUUGAAUUGUUUCUGCUGUUAAAUGGGUAUGUGCAUUGGAUCCUUGAUUUAGUAUUAGAAUUAGUGUACUUCCAAUGUUCUUCCUGCCUACAGUGCAGGAAUACACAACAAACUUGCAAAUAGUGUAAUGUGAAGAGUUUUAUAGCAACUGUUGCUCUGUUGUGUAAUUUAUUGUGAAGAAGAUUUCUCUCCAUAUUAUGUUCAACACCAGACUGUUGAUGCAAAGGUUUUCUGAAGGAAAAUAUUAUAUUUUGUCUCAUAUUG